AUGGGCUCCGACGACUACAAGGCCAUCGGCGGCGGUGGCGCGCUCAAGCUGAAAGGCGCAAAAGUCAGCAAGAAGAAGAAGAAGGCCGCCAAAUCAGACCUGGAAAAGAACCUGUCCGGCGGCGACGAGAAUGCGGCGCUUGUCAAAACGAAGGACGAUGACGAAGACGCCCCCAAAGAGAAACGCGACAAGCAAAAGAGCUCCCGGGAAGAGAAUCAGAGAAGAGAGGAUGAGGAUGAGAGGGAGGACGAGGACGAGGACCAGCCGGUUGUGGUAAAGACGGAAUCAGAGCGACGGCACGAGGAAGCAAGGAAGAAGAGGCUUCUUCAGAGCGCGCAAUCGUCCGGAUCCCGACCCGAGUUGCUAAAGACACAUAAAGAGCGAGUCGAGGAGUUGAAUACAUACUUGUCCCGGCUGAGCGAGCAUCACGACAUGCCAAAGAUUGGACCGGGCUAA